ACCUCAACAAACUAGAGCAGAGAAGACUACCAUCGGUUUAGCAUGUUGAUAUUCACACAGAAGUACGAGACUGGCUUGGAUCGGUUUGUAAACAAAUACAAAAAGAAAGGAUUUUGGCUAUAUUCUGGUGUCAUCUUGUUGUCUGUGGGGUAUGUGAUGUAUGAGAUAUCCCAUUUACCUCAAUUGCCAGAUAACAAAGAAAAGAAAAAAUUGAAAAAAGAAACAAAGAAGGAAGGUGCUGCAGAUGCUGCAGAAGAAGGACAAACCCAGCUGAACAGUGAUAUACCCCCGGAUCACCCAAUAAAUUCAUGGAACAAGAAACAAUUGUAUGAGUAUUUACACCGGGAGAAGAUCUACCAUGGUGUCGAUGAGAAUAUCUCGAUUGUACGAGGGAAGGUUUAUGAGAUCUACGAAUCUAAGAAGAAGAAGAAUAAUAAUAAUAGUAGUGUGUAGGCGUUGAAUUUGUUGCUCUUUAACCACUAGGGUUGUUUGUAUCAUAAUGAAGAAUAGCUAAAUCUUAACAGUAUAUAU